ACACGUCCAUGGAACCGCCGGAGAACGAUUCUCAGACCGCCCAACAGAUUAUCCUCCGCUGGGACUCCACCGCUUCUCAACUCCCCAUGAUCUUUCAAGGCGAUCGCCAAGAGAUUGACCGUUAUUUGCAGGCUGUCGAUCAAAUUCAAACCUCCAUCCAAUCAACUACUCUGUCGGAGGAUGACGGAGUCGAUUCCCAAUCUACCAAUGCAAUCCAGAUCGCCAUGGCUCGUCUCGAGGAUGAGUUUCGCAAUAUACUCAUCACCAACUCCACUCCCAUCGACACUGAAUCGCUCACCGAAUCCGUCUCCUCUGCUCACCUCACUCCCAGAACCAGCACCGACAACGAUGAAUACACCACCAGAGGCGAAGACGAAGCUCUUCCUAGAGAUCCUUCUUCUUCCUUGCUCCAACGCAUCGGAAGCAGCAACAAGUUUGUCAACUGCAGAUCUAUGAACAGCAUUCGAGAGCAAGAUCUCAUACCGCCGGAAAGCAUAUCUGAUCUCCGUUGCAUCGCUCAGCGUAUGAUCACCGCCGGUUACUUCAGGGAGUGCGUUCAGGUGUAUGGAAGCGUAAGGAAGUCCGUGGUGGAUGGGAGCUUCAAGAAGCUCGGUGUUGAGAAAUUGAGCAUCGGUGAUAUCCAGAGGCUGGAAUGGGAGGCGUUGAAUGCGAAAAUCGUAAGGUGGAUACGAGCUGCCAAAGUCUGCAUUCGAGUUCUUUUCGCUAGUGAGAAGAGACUCUGCAAACAAAUCUUCGAGGAUCUCGGAACGGCAGCUGAUGAUGCCUGUUUCAUGGAAACAGUGAAAGGUCCGGCCAUUCAACUCUUCAAUUUCGCGGAAGCCAUUAGUAUCAGCCGUAGGUCGCCGGAGAAGCUGUUCAAGAUCUUAGAUUUACACGAUUCCUUAUUGGAUUUGUUGCCUGACAUUGACGACGUUUUUGACUCCAAAGCAGCCGAAUCAAUCAGUAUUCAGGUGACGGAGAUACUCUCCAGACUAGCGGAGGCUGCCAGAGGGAUGCUAUCGGAGUUCGAAAAUGCGGUCCUUCGCGAGCCAUCUAGGGUUCCGGUACCCGGAGGGACUAUUCAUCCAUUAACAAGGUACGUGAUGAAUUACAUAAGCUUGAUUUCAGAUUACAAGCAAACUCUAGGAGAAUUAAUCGUCUCCAAACCUGCAACCGCUUCUCGACUCUCCGGUGAUUCCAAUUCUCCAGAUAUAGAUUUUACCGAUCACGAGGGGCAAUCGCCGUUAGCUCUCCAUCUAAUCUGGAUCAUCUCGAUAUUGCAUUUCAACUUGGAAGGAAAAUCCAAACACUAUAAAGACAAUUCCUUGGCUCAUUUGUUCAUCAUGAACAACGUUCAUUACAUCGUCCAAAAAAUCAAAAGCUCACAGGAAUUGAGGGAUAUGAUCGGAGACAAUUACCUGAGAAUUCUAACCAGGAUCUUCCGGCAGGCCGCGACGAACCACCAACGAGCAACCUGGAUAGGAGUACUGCAUUGUCUGAGAGACGAAGGAUUACACUCCACCGGAAGUUUCUCAUCUGGGGUUUCAAAAAGCGCAUUGAGAGAACGAUUCAAAUCAUUCAACGCCAUCUUUGAUGAAGUUCACAGGACUCAAUCGCUAUGGCUAAUUCCCGAUGAACAACUUCGUGAGGAGCUAAGGAUUUCGAUCUUGGAGAAACUGAUUCCGGCUUAUCGUUCAUUUCUUGGGAGAUUCAGGAAUCAUAUAGAGAGUGGAAGACACCCUGAGAAUUAUAUCAAAUUCUCUGUAGAAUAUCUGGAGACUGCCGUCUUAGAUUUGUUUGAAGGAUAUGCAGUUAACCAGCACUCCAGGAGAAGAUCACAGUGAAAUUAAGCACACUUUAGGUAUACAAUUCUUUGAUUUAUUUUUAAUUUUGGUUAUAACAUU